GCAGCCAUUGGGGAGGCCGCCGUGCCGCCGGGCCUCGCGGAGCAGCCGGGGACCGCGAGCGCGGCUCCCGCCGUCCUUCCCGUGUGUGGACGCCGCCGCGGCCCACCGGUCCAACUCUCAUCUUUGUUCUUCAUGUAAUACAGGCUAUUUUCUGUAGUUCACUCAGAAGCCAUGUAGACUUGCCUGCCCUUUGAAGACAUACUCUUAAGAGUUCUAGGAAGAUAAGCUGGAGGAUUACAUGAGGAGAUACCUCUAAAAGUCACAGUUCCUGGACCUCAGUUAAAGUACUGUUGAAAGGUUUUACAGAAUAUAAUCGUGUGUGUUGUGACAGAGAGAGAAAUGGAAGUAUUCCAGGAAAUCCGUAAACCAUCAUCACGUUUGGAGUGUGACCACUGCAGUUUCCGAGGCACAGAUUAUGAAAAUGUGCAAAUCCACAUGGGCACCAUCCAUCCAGAAUUUUGUGAUGACAUGGAUGCUGGUGGGUUAGGUAAAAUGAUAUUUUACCAGAAAAGUGCAAAGCUGUUCCACUGCCAUAAGUGCUUCUUCACCAGCAAGAUGUACUCCAGUGUGUACUAUCACAUCACCUCUAAACAUGCAGGCCCAGAGAAGUGGAAUGAGAAACCAAAAAAUCAGCUAAACAAAGAAACAGAUCCUGGGAGAAGCCCUCCUCUUUCUGAACACCAGAAAACACCCUCUAAUUCAGAUCUCCCAAAACCCAUACCUGCCCUUUCCAUAGAAACACAGAAACUUGGCCCAAUUUUAUCUCCAGAAUCCCCAAAACCUACACCUCUCACUUCCCUGGAGCCUCAGAAGCCUGGCACUGUUGUUUCUCCUGAGCCACAGAUACCUUCUCUUCCUUCUCCUGAGCCUCCAAAAUCUUCCUCUGUUUCUUCUCCUGAACUUCCAAAAUCAGUCCCUAUUGUUUCUGAGUCUCAGAAACCAGUCCCUAUUCCUUCUCCAGAACCACAGAAACUUGCCCCUAUAUCUCCUGAGCCAGUAAAGGCCACUCUUACUAAACCCCAGAAACACUCCCAUUUCCCAGAAACACUGGGGCCACCUUCAGGCUCAUCUCCAGAGUCACCAGUUUUGGCUGCUUCCCCUGACCCUUGGGGUCCAUCCCCAACUGCAUCUCCAGAGUCUCGGAAACCAGCCCGGACUAUCUCCCCUGAGCCAAGGAAGCCAUCCCCAUCAGAGUCUCCGGAACCUUGGAAGCCAUUCCCUGCUGUCUCUCCAGAACCCAGAAGACCAGCUCCAGCUGUGUCACCAGGUUCUUGGAAGCCAGGGCCACCUGGAUCCCCAAGGUCUUGGAAAUCCAGUCCUUCAGCAUCAUCAGGACCUUGGAAGCCAGCUAAGCCUGCUCCAUCUGUGUCUCCUGGUCCUUGGAAGCCGAUUCCUUCUAUCUCACCUGGACCAUGGAAACCAACUUCCUCUGUAUCGCCCGCAUCCUGGAAGUCUUCGUCAGUCUCACCUGGCUCCUGGAAGUCCCCCCCUGGGUCUCCUGAGUCGUGGAAGUCUGGCCCUCCAGAACUCCGAAAAACAGCUCCCACCUUGUCACCUGAACAUUGGAAGGCAGUUCCCUCAGUGUCCCCUGAGCUUCGUAAAGCAGGACCUCCCUUGUCUCCUGAGCUUCGCAAACCAGGCCCACCAUUGUCCCCAGAGAUCCGCAGUCCAGCGGGAUCUCCAGAGCUCAGAAAACCUUCAGGGUCUCCAGAGCUUUGGAAGCUUUCUCCUGAUCAGCGAAAAACUUCCCCUGCUUCACUUGAUUUUCCCGAGGCCCAGAAAAGUUCCCGUGGUGGUUCCCCUGACCUCUGGAAGUCUUCCUUCUUUAUUGAACCUCGGAAACCUUCUGGACCGUCUGAGUCCCCUAAGGCAACCUCCGAUAUAUGGAAACCUGUUCUCUCUCUCGAUCCCGAACCUAGAAAAUCCGCCCUGUUUUCUGAGCCCAGCAAAACAGCCCCUCCAGCAUCUCCUGAACCACGAAAACGUGCUCUUUUUCCAGAGCCCCGGAAACAUGCCCUUUUCCCUGAACUUCCCAAAUCUGCGAUCUUCUCAGAAUCUCAGAAGGGAGUUGAGCUUGGUGAUGAACUACAGACAGAUGCCAUAGAUGAUCAAAAGUGUGAUAUUUUGGUUCAGGAAGAACUACUAGCUACACCUAAGAAACUCUUAGAUUCUGACACCUUAUUUCCAUCCUCAAAGAAGCUCAAGAAAGACAACCAAGAGAACUCAGAUGCUGAGCUGAGUAGCAGUGAGUAUAUAAAAGCAGAUUUAGAUGUGCUAGACAGCAAGGGCCAAGAAUCAAGCAGUGAUCAAGAACAGGUUGAUGUAGAAUCUAUUGAUUUUAGUAAAGAGAACAAAAUGGACAUGACUAGUCCAGAGCAGUCCAAAAAUGUCUUACAAUUUACUGAAGAGAAAGAGGCUUUUAUCUCUGAGGAAGAGAUUGCAAAGUAUAUGAAGCGUGGAAAAGGAAAGUAUUACUGCAAAAUUUGUUGCUGUCGAGCUAUGAAAAAAGGUGCAGUUUUGCACCACUUGGUUAAUAAGCAUAACGUUCAUAGCCCUUACAAAUGUACAAUUUGUGGAAAGGCUUUCCUUUUGGAAUCUCUCCUUAAAAAUCAUGUAGCAGCCCACGGGCAGAGUUUACUUAAAUGUCCACGUUGUAAUUUUGAAUCAAAUUUCCCAAGAGGCUUUAAGAAACAUUUAACACACUGUCAAAGCCGGCAUAAUGAGGAGGCAAAUAAAAAGCUGAUGGAGGCUCUUGAACAGCCACUGGAGGAGCAGCAGAUUUGAUUUUUACACAUGGUGUGGGUAUGUGAUCUACAGUUGUUUGUUGAAACUGUGUAAAGCAUUGUUAAAUAGCAUAGCUGGAUCGGUAGAUGUUGAUGUGUAUGCUGUACUGUGUUUAAUUGUCUCCGUAGUGUUACAGAGAAUGAACAUUUGGGGUUUUUUUUUUUCAUGUCUCUGUGGCUAUCUUGUAAGUCAAUAAAUUUGUAACUUUAUUCCAAUGGAUAAAAUUUCUCUAAUUUCUUUUGAAUAUAUGUGAAUAAUAUGAAGAUGUAGGAGGUCCACUUAUCAAGAGCAAGUUGUACUCAAUUUAAAACAUCUAGUCAAAGUGUAUCUUUUUGUGAAACUAACUUCAGACAGUGGAAAUUAUUAGUUGGAAUGUUUGAGAAUUAGGCAUGAAAAAUUUGAGAAAUUUUUUUCUCUUCAAUAUAUUUUCAGAUCUUAAGUUCCUUUUUGAUCAUAUAAAGUUAGUUUAUAAAUCUUGAGCAGUUCUAGAUGUUUAUUAGCUUUUAUGUCAUGGAAAAUUGGAGUCUCAGGGUUGCUGAUUUUUUGCUAAAAGAGAUGUUGAGUGAGUUUAAAAAGAUUUGUAACUUUCUCUAGGAAACUGGGAAAGAUGAGUGUGACUUAGGUCCUGUCCUUAGUUGUUUCCCUCUGAGUCUUCCAUUCUGCACCGCCUUCCCCGUGCCACCCACUCCUGGGUCUGUCUCUUUGCUUCCCUGUGAGCUCACACCAACAGAUG